AUGUCGUUGAAUUCCGCCCGUGGCCAGCUACGACUUCUUUCGAGAUCUGCAUGUAGAUUCAACUCAACGGUGUCUACUACAGCGUCCAAGACCACAGACUCACCAGAAACAUCCAAUGUGAAUGUUGAAGGUAACCAGGAGCAGCAGCAGGAGGAGGCAACACUCGAGGCUUCAACAGGAAUUGCGACAUCUAGAGCUCCUACUCUAGAUGCAUACAACCAGCCUCUAGAUGGCCCCCUCGAGCAAAUAGCUCAAAUGUCAGAGAGACAGUUCAACGAAAUCUUAAACAGUGUACCAGAUCCAACUCUGAAUAGAGAUGAGAUUGUCAGCGAGAGAUUUCAGAAGCUAUUAAAUCUGUACGGUAAUAAGGACAAGCUCAAGAGACAGUUCACUUCGACCUCAUCCUUAUUGUCCAGAUUUCCAAACCUAUUACCAUCUGACUCGUUGUCCCCAUACACAAAGGCAGAAUUGACAAUUAGACAGAGACACCAUCAACAAAUAAUGGGUGAUUUGGGCUCGAAAAUUGUCAAUGUUUACCAACCACACAAACUUAUCACAAAUCCACCGAGUAUCAACCAAUUGACUGCUGAAAAACUAAUGGCAUCUGGCGCACAUUUGGGUAGAUCGACUGAAUUAUUCAACCAAAAUUUCCAACCUUUUGUUUACGGGAAGUACAAGGGGCUGCACAUUAUCGACCUUGAUAAGACAAUUUCGUACUUGAAGUCGGCUUGUAAAGUCAUCCAGCAAGUUGCCGAAAAUGGUGGUAUCAUUCUAUUUCUUGGGUUAAAAGUGGGACAAUUGAGGUCCAUCAAGGAAGCAGCCAAGAAUUGUAAUGGUUACUACGUUGCCCGUAAAUGGAUCCCUGGUACAAUCACCAAUGCAUUAGAAAACCCAAAGCCAAGACACGAGGUCGAUAUGCAAGACUUGGAAACACAUCGUGAACUUUCGAGUGAUGAGUCUAACCAGACCAUCAAGCCAGAUUUGAUUGUGAUUUUGAACCCAGAGUUAGCAGCCGUUGCAAUCAAGGAAGCCAGCCAGGCUAGAAUCCCAACCAUUGGUAUAACCGACACCAAUGUGGAUCCUAAUUUGGUCACAUAUCCAAUUCCUGCAAACUCGAGUUCCAACAGAACGACCAACUUGAUUACCGGUGUCCUUGGUAAGUCUGCACAGUUGGGUUUGAAUAGGAGAUUACAAAAAGUAUCGGAAUACAAGGCCACUUUAGGUAUGGAACCGAACGAAGUUUUCUCCGAAGAGAACCUUGCAAGCAAAGAGAACUGA